AUGGUGCACGGUGCCAUACCGAGCGCGUACAAAUACAACUUUUGGGCGGAGAGGCCCGGGGAUGCACAGGAGGCCUCGGUGGUGGAGCUCACGUGCCUCAUGCCAAACGGUGUUGUCAUACCGUUUGAGAUCAAUCGCAAUAUUACCUUAGAUCAGAUCAAGGAGGAUCUAUGGGAUGAGGCUAGUAAGUACCCUCUUCAUGGAACAUUAAAAGAUGCACCGUCGUAUGUAUUCUCGUGUAUCAACUCAAAUGCUGAGGUAGAAGAAUUGCGGGAUGAAACAAGACGUCUCUGUGAUAUAAGGCCGUUUUGUUCGGUGUUAAAAGUUAUAGAACGCGAAGGUAUAAAAAGCGAUAGGAAUUUAGAUUCACAAAUCGGCCUCUUAAUCGGUAAAGGCUUGCAUGAGUUUGCUGCCAUGAAAAAUUCCGAGGUCAAUGACUUUAGAUGGAAAAUGCGUCUCUUGGGAGAUGAUGUGGCUUUAGGUAGACAGAAGAAAAGCUGGAUAGAAAAAGUGCAUUAUCAGUUCCCAUCGAGAAUAGCACCAGCACCAAUCGUACCUAAAAAUAUAGAAACUCGAUUGAAAGAUGGAAAUAUUGUUUUGGUUACUAAAUUCGAAAACUCAGAGACAGCGUUUACCUUUCAAAUAGCACAUACCACUACGCCACCUGAAUUACUCGAGAUAAUCUUGAACAAGAGAGCAAAUACUCUUAAUACUCGGGAUGAACACCCAAACGAAUUUACGCUUAAGAUUUGCGGACAGGAGGAGUACUUGAUCGGUGACAAGACUCCGCUCAUACACUUUAGUUAUAUUCAAGAUUGCCUAGCGAAAGACAUCACACCGACGCUGGUUACGCUCAAGAAAACUAGCGUACCUGUGGACAAGGAUAACGCUAACGACAAUCCAGAAGUGGACACGUUGCAGCGUACGAAACCAUCAUCUUCUACGUUAACGCUGCGCAAAAAGGGCAAGCAUAUUUCAGUAUGGAAACUCGAGGAGCCUUUUGUUUUCACUGUGAAUGGAAUUUCCCGACUUAAUUGCGAUGCCGCUCAUCGUACUGUAGAAAUUGGACUACAAGCUGGCCUUUUUCACGGUGGAAAAUCCCUCUGCGAAAGUCAAAAAACCAAAGAAAUUAUUGUAAAUCCCGAUGGGAGUUGCGAAUGGGAAGAGAAUCUUAAGUUCGACAUCAAAGUCAGAGAUAUACCACGAAUGGCACGGCUGUGUUUUGUAUUGUAUGAAAUCAGCAAGACUGCAAAAGGCUUAAAGAGCAGAAAACUGGUCCGGGAUUCGAAGCAGGAGUUCUUUAUAAAUCCUUUAUGUUGGGCGAAUACAACGAUAUAUGAUUUUAAAUCUCAAUUGAAAACUGGUGCUAUGACGUUGUAUACAUGGACUUAUGCGGAAGAUAUACAAAACGACGAUUUACUUCAUCCUCUCGGGACAGUGGUUUCGAAUCCUCAUAUAGACAGGGCGGCCGCUCUCAUGUUAACGUUUCCAAAUUACGGAAAGGAUCAAUGCAUUCUUUAUCCUACACCGGAGAAAAUGGUUGAAUAUGCCCAAACGUUGCGGGAACAAUCAAACGAACGUUCGGUUAAAGACGAAUUGAAUCAGGAGUCCGAUGUUAGUCAACAAUUGGAGCAAUUGAGAUUACUAACUGACCGGGAUCCGUUGCACGAAUUACACGAGCAAGAAAAGAAGACAAUGUGGAUGUUGAGGCAUCAUUGCCUUCGCGAAAUUCCGACACUUUUAGCUAAGUUGUUACAAUGCGUAGAAUGGAAUGACCAUAGAGAAGUCGCGGAGGCUACGGCACUUAUACAACAAUGGCCGAAAUUGCCGGCGGAGAAAGCUUUGGAAUUAUUAGAUUAUGCUUAUGCCGAUCAAAACGUUCGAAAUUUUGCGGUUCGUUGUUUAAAGGACAUCACCGACGAUGAUCUCAGUCUUUACUUACUGCAGCUCGCUCAGGCCUUAAAACACGAAAAUUAUCUAGCGUGUCCUUUGACGGAGUUUCUUUUGAAACGAGCACUUAACAAUCAAAGGAUAGGACAUUAUUUAUUUUGGCAUCUUAGGUCAGAAAUGCAAGUCGGUUCAGUGUCAGUUCGUUUUGGUCUCAUAUUGGAAGCGUACUGUAGAGGAAGCCAACAACACAUGAAAUCGCUAUUUAAUCAGAUGAUGUGUUUGGAUAAAUUGAGGAGCGUCUCGGAGCAAGUGAAGCAGAAAAAGGAUCGUAAAACGGCUCUCCAAGGCUUUCAGGACUUUAUUCAAGAACCGCACUGCCAAGAAGCGAUAUCCAACGUCUUUAAUCCUCUCGACCCGAGUUUCAGGUGGAAUCGCAUCAAAAUUGAAAAGUGUCGGGUGAUGGACAGUAAGAUGCGACCACUUUGGCUAGUUUUCGAGAACAGCGAUCCUUUCGGCGACGAUAUCUACUUAAUCCUCAAACACGGAGAUGACUUAAGGCAAGAUAUGCUAACACUUCAAAUGCUACGCAUUAUGGAUAAGCUAUGGAAGAAGGAAGGCUUGGACUUGCGUAUGAAUCCAUAUGGCUGUAUAUCUACGGAGAAUAGAGUCGGGAUGAUAGAGGUAGUAUUGAAUGCAGAAACGAUAGCGAACAUCCAGAAGGAGAAAGGCACGUUCUCUGCGACAGCGGCCUUCAGGAGAGGUUCUUUGUUGGCUUGGCUAAAAGACCACAAUCAUACGGAAAUGGCAUUGAACAAAGCGAUCGAGGAAUUUACUUUGAGCUGCGCGGGUUACUGCGUCGCGACCUACGUUCUCGGAAUAGCCGACAGACAUUCUGACAAUAUAAUGGUCAAAAAGACUGGACAAUUGUUUCACGUCGAUUUCGGUCAUAUAUUGGGCCACUUUAAGGAGAAGUUUGGAUUUAGACGUGAACGCGUACCCUUCGUUUUGACCAACGAUUUCGUACACGUUAUAAAUAAGGGCCAAACAAAAAAGGGUCACGCCGCCGAGUUUCAAAGAUUUCAGAGCUAUUGCGAGCAAGCCUUUUUGAUUUUGCGUCAACAUGGAGGACUUAUAUUGUCUCUAUUUGCUAUGAUGAUAUCUACCGGACUGCCUGAACUCUCAUCGGAGAAAGAUCUGAAUUAUCUUAGAGAUACUUUGGUCCUAGAAAUGUCCGAAAAUGAAGCGCAAAAGCAUUUUAGAAGCAAAUUCGCCGAGGCUCUCUGCAAUUCGUGGAAAACGUCGUUAAAUUGGGCGUCGCAUAAUAUGUCCAAGAAUAAUAAAACUACGUGAACGGCGACGACAAUCGCAUUUUACGCGAUGAGUCUUGAAAGCACUUGAGAAUGCAGUCACGAUUGAACAGUGCGCGUUAUCAAUGAACGCUCUGACACAUUUGUGCACGUCGCGAUUGGUUGCCUGCUUGGACUAGACAUUUGUGGACUAGAAUAAAGACUGUCAUUUCUGUAAAUCCGACACGUUAGGAUUAGAAAAUUGGCGAUCGCGACCAGUAUACAAUUGAGACUAAAAUCGAUCGUUGCUGCUGCUACGUCAACGGAGAGCUGGUUCGGUAGAAUUGUCUCUUCAGACUCGAAAAUACGUUAGGCUCAUACAUUUUUUUGGAGCCUUAUUCUACGCAGCACGAGCAGUCGGUGCCGUAUAUAUACGCCUACGUUCGGUGUAGUAAAAUAUGUUCUUCAACGACGGACGUACGGUACAUAUCACUAAACAGGAUUCUUUUUAAGUUUCGCUCAGUUAAAGUCUAGUUUAAGUUUGAAAUUCCGUCGAGCGAUCUUAAAUUCGAAAUCGUGUAAAAUUAGAAACUGGUUUAUUUCGUUAAAAAAUUGGGUAUUGUUCUCAAAAUAUUUAUAGCGAUACGCCAAGAGGUUUGUGUGAUGGUUGGUACACACGAAUCCUUUACGCGUAAUACGAAAUAAACCGUAAAAGUCGUACAAUUAUCUUCGCCAACGUAAAGAUAUGCCGAUUUUCAUUAUACAAAAAACAUAAAAUAAAAACUUUCAAUUUGUCAAA